CGUAUGUGCUUUGCUGUGGGAGAAGAAGUGCAUUCCGAGGUAUUCCAGCGCCUCUGGAUUCAGUCGCGCGCUGCCCCUUUAAGGAAGACGGGGGUGCCUGAAUUAGUUUAUUGUGCCGUACUGUACAUAUAGGUGGAUAAUCUGUACUUCGAUACCGUUGUUCGUUCUGAACCAUAAUUCACUCAGUCUACACUACCAUUGAGCACGGCAGUCAGCCAGCCGCCUAUGGACCGUGGGCACAAGAUCAUUACAUGUAAUUGUAGUGUUUUAUUUGUUUUGUAGCUAUUUCAGUUUAGGAAAGUAUGGCUUGUGACGAGCUGACAUCGAAGCUGAACCGGCGACUGCAGAUCGAAGAAGGCGCGGAGGAGCCGGUGGCGAUAAACGAGCGGCAAGAAAACGGAGGCGACAAGCCGAACACGGCCAACGCCGACUCUGAGCUGGGAGCCAAGCUGCUCCGCCGAGGGGAGUUGAACGACGGAGUGGGAGGGCAUCAUCAACCCAGCAUGAAGGUGUUCAACCCUUACACCGAGUUCAAGGAAUUCUCCAGGAAACAAAUCAAAGACAUGGAAAGAAUGUUCAAAGAGUAUGACGCAGGAAAAGACAACUUCAUCGACCUGAUGGAGCUGAAGCUGAUGAUGGAGAAGCUGGGGGCCCCGCAGACUCACCUGGGCCUGAAGAACAUGAUCAAGGAGGUGGACGAGGACUUUGACGGCAAGCUCAGCUUCAGAGAGUUCCUGCUGAUCUUCCGGAAGGCCGCCGCGGGCGAGCUAGCAGAGGACAGCGGGCUGCACGUCCUGGCCAAGCUCUCUGAGAUCGACGUGUCCACAGAGGGGGUGAAGGGAGCGAAGACCUUCUUUGAGGCCAAAGUCCAGGCGAUCAACGAGUCGAGCCGCUUUGAGGCAGAGAUCCGCCAGGAGCAGGAGGACAAGAAGAGGCAGGCGGAGGAGAAGAAACAGAGACAGGCCGCUUUUCGGGAGCUGCAGUCGGCCUUCAAGUGACGGGCUGUGCCCCACGGUCCUGCUCGCUCUCCGUCCGUCCGUCUGUCCGUCAGUCCGUGUUCCUGUGUUUCUUUUCCAUUUUUAAAAAGAGAAUAUAUCUAAGAGAAAGCGAUAUGCGUAAUCUUGGGGGCUCAUUCACUAUGCUUGCCAGUACUAGAGGGGCAGAAAUAAAUAGCUGAGUUUUACAGUUCACUUCAUUAGAAAAAACUGAUCUGCGCUGUAACACUGAGCUGUGCUGUUUCAGUGGGGACACGGAAGCUGAGGCCUUUAUUCUCUGUCUUAGUACAGUAAUAACCCUUAUAGUACAGCAUUUGAAAACACAUUCCUGCGAUGUUGUGUACCUUCAAUCAUACCAGCAAAGAUUCCCAUUCCAGUUUAUGAAGUGCUCAGAAUAAUCCCGGGCCCUCGAAAAAUUAGGUUUGCACACACUUCUCAGACCUAUUCUGAAUCAGAAUCCCCUUUCAGGCUUACCUCUGGUCUAUAUAUAAUGGAUUGGAUAUGCUGACUUUGCUCUGAUCUCACUUAGUUAGGCGAGAUCUUAUUGUUUAAAUCCCAGAAAGAGAGUCAAAUUUUAAUUAUUUUUGUGUUUUUUCCCGCAUCUUGCUUAUGGUUUUGGUGAUUUUUGUUAUCUGACUAAAACAACAGUGUAACUAUUUUUUAACCUGCGAUGUAAUAAAUAAGGGUUUAUUCAUAUUUAAUUAUUGCUGACCUGUAGAUGAAGAUUCCAAUCCAUUGUAUUUAUAUCAGUGGAACUUGCAAAUUUGUGUGCAAUGCGCAGUAAUUUCCUGUGCAAACAGGAAGUGCUUCAAAAUGAAUUGAAGUAACCCUUGGCCAAUCAGCUACUGUGCUGCUGCAGAGGAAGGGCAUAUGGAAGGAUAUCUUUGUAGAAAAUCACUGCUCUCCCCAUGCCAACACAUCUAAUUAAAUUAUCAAUGUCUAAAAAUUCACUCGUAUAUAUUUAUAUUUACCAAAAAAUAAAAGAUUAAAUUAAUGUGAGUGGGAGGGGUGGGGGCGGGGCAGGACAUGUCUUUGCAUGUGUGGUGGUGGUGGUGGUUGUGAGCGGUGUGUGUGUGUGUGUGUGUGUGUGUUUUGCAUGGUCACUGUGCGGUUCUGAUAAUACUGACCCUGAUGGUGUGCCAGCAUGAUUUUCUUCAGCCACUCUGUCUCUCUCUGACCUGCUGUGACGCUGACCUUUCUCCAGAAUGAAUGCAAAUGCCCGCAGUAAUAUAAUGAAAUAUGUUGGCUGAGUCUUACUGUAGGGCUUGAGUUGCCCAAAAAUAAUCUCAUCACUAGAAACCAGUGCUGUGUUGAGCAGUCAUAAUAAGGUGUAUUCUGUUGUGGAUUUCAACCAUGAUCUCCAGCUAUAAUCUGCACAAAAGGCUAGCGCAUUGCUAUUGGCCAAUGACAAGACGAUAUUAAUACAUCCAUCAACAAAAUAUCUACAGAUGGGUAAACUGUUCAAAUGUGCGGCGGAAGAUCAUGGGCCUCUUUUUUAACUGUAGACUUAGAAAUCAGAGGCUGAAAAAUUUUAAUUGGGCAAACAAAAUAAGCUCAUGCUCCUUGCUAACAGAGCUGUGCGUGUGCAUUUUGCGUGUGCCUGUGUGUGCAUCCGUGUACUCGGCUUGGAAAGUGAGAGAGCGUCAGGGUAGCAGCCGGGCCCACCCAGGGCCAGCUCUGACAGAACUGACCUCAGUGCUUCCUGUUCUGUUUUCCUGUGACUGUGAAAUACCCGGGGAAGGACGGGGUGGGCGACGAUGACUAUGGGACCUACCUUGCUCAGUUGUACUGUCUGAACACUGUGUGCAGCCUGCUAGCGUACGUCUUGCUAGCAGCAAGCUUGCCAGUUUGGUGUCUCCUGUUGUGCUUUUAUGGUAGCGGUGCAUAGAGUUAUGAAGGGAGAGUUGUACAGCUAUCAGCCCUGGCAGUAACUGCAGCGCAUAUGCACUGUGCAGCCAUGCGGGGGAGACGGUAUAUUCUUGCUAAAUUAGGGGUUUUCUUUACUCGUGACCCCUUCAGUGACAUGUCAGUGAUACUCACCAUGGCUUCUUACCUCCACUCUUCUUUGAAAGUACUGUGUAGACACACCAGUUGCCCUGUAGUGUUUAACCAAUGGUGUGUUCAAUCAACACUCAAAUGGCCUUUUCCAACAUUGACUUUAGCAGACUUUUGAUGAAAUAAAGCUUUAAUAUCCACAAAUGCUUUUAGAUUAUGUGAUACUACGGUAUUUUACUGUAUUCCUUUAGUCUGAAAUAUAUAUCUGUCAACUGUAUCUCAGAUGUGGCUGGGUAAUAAUUGAAAUUAACUGAUAUUGAAUUUUAAUAAAAAUUGUAUUAGAAUUUUAUCUUAUUAAUAGUAUAAACAUAAAGGUGUUUUGACUGUUUGAGUCAAAAUUUUGAUUUUAAUUUCUUAAAUUUAGCAAGCAGGGUGGGAGGUUAUUUUAAAGACCACAAAACAAUGAGGGAACUUGUAGUUUAUUAACAGAGGAUUUUUCAAUAGCCAUUAUGUCAUUUCAGUGCUUCCUAUGUACAUGUACCAACAGAGUGCUGAUAGAGGUACUUCUGUCAUAGUUAAAGACACAAAAGAAUUGGGCAGCACAGCUCGGCACAGUAGAACUGAAAGGUGGUGUAUAAAGAAUAAAAUAUUUUUUCAUGAAUAAAAUUUUAAAAAUGCUUUUAGUUUUGUAUUGUAAUGAGUUUAGUGUAAGGCAAAACAUUCCCAUUCUUUCUGUUUCUCUCUGUCCCAAAGGAAUGUCCUCCUCAAGCUUGUCUCCCAGCUGAAAAUAUAAAUACUUUCAACUUUUGUUUUCAUGGAAAUGAAGAAUCUGACUGUCGUAAUUCUACUGUAUGUCUGUCUUAUACUUGUUGUACACAUUCAAGACUGGGAGGCUUGCUUGUGGGCUAUAUUUAUGUGUCAAACUCAUGUCCUCCAUUUUUUCAUACCAUGACUUGUAUUGGCAUCAUAAAGCCAGCAGGGAUGACCAGCACAUCCUGUGAGGGGUCAACAACCUAUGCAAAAAGGGGGUUACUGCUGUCUGACUGCAUCAUAUCAACGUUCUUUAAGAAUGCGUAUACAGUGGGUGGAGGAGGCUUUCAUAUUGCUUUGCUUGACAUCUGACAACUGGACCUGAUAGAGCCAGGACCUUAUAGAGGCAGAGAGUGUAUUUGAUUUCUUUUUUGCAAACCACUAUUAUUGCAAAUAAACAUUCAACUAAUACUCUUUUAAUACCAAGUUCAUAUGUAGUAUUUAUCUACAUGAAUACAUGUAUAAAUGCAUACGUAUAUUUACAUCCAUUUAUCUUUAAAACUGUCAAGACUUCAAGCUCUGGGGCAGCAAAAUGUGAAGACGUUCUCCACCAACUGUAAAUUAUCAUUACUGCAGAGUAAUAUCAUUGUGGUGUUGAAAACUAUGUGGCCAGUUUAACUGGAUUUGACUGUACAUGUGUAUGAAUGCAGAAGUCCUCUAGGGGGCGGUGCUGCCGCAUCAAGAGAACACGCAAUGCUGGCAAAGGAAGCAGAGUGGGGUACAUAGCUUAGUCUAACACACAGCUGACCAGAGAGCCCCCUCGGUGGGAAGUCUCCUUUGUCUCUGUCCUUUGUCUUUGUGCUGUCAGCUUCAGGUCAGGUCAUCACCACGCCUUGGGAAAAUUGUGCCAAGUGAUGAAAGACAAUUUUAAAAAAUCUCAUGUCUGUUAAACUGCUUUGACCAGAGGUACAAGAUAAUCGGUAAACUAAAAAAAUCAUAAUCCAGUGUAACAGUGGAAUUCAAUCCACUCAAACAAAAUUUCUCAAAUAUUCCAAUGUAACUCCAGCCAAGUAUGUUACAUUUAUACGGCAUUGUUUGUCCUUCUGAUCAUGGCCAUUCAAAAGUAGGACAUUCAAACAGUUUAUCCCAGAGGAGCAAUAAAUACAAUUCUAAUAAAAUCACUGUGCUCUCAUUUACCUUAUAGCUUGAACUGUUUCUUUGUCAGGCAAGGCACCAUGCUUGCUUAAAACAUUUCAAGGUACUUUUAAUGACUUUAUAAAAAUUAUUUGGCAAAGUUUUCCUCAGCAGUGUUAACCAUGAAUUCUUUCAAAGUCCUGCAUUGUCUCUCGUCUUGUGUCAUUUCCCCCCAUCCUGUUUGUGAUCUUGCUGACUGUGUCAAAUAUUACAUGGUGGUUCAUUGAUCAUCAUCUUGUAGGCUUGUAAUGAAUAAGUGGCUACUCAAUUAUGCACAUUUAUUUUUGAUUUUCUUACUAAAAUGUAUUAUUAUUCUUGUGGAAAUAAAACACAAUUUGAAAUGGUAAACUAA